UAGACAUGCUGGGGCAAAAGAACUCCCAGAGGAAUUCCUGCUGUUUGGAUUAACGUCCUCACCGUCAGACAAACGGACACCAAUGUUUGUUUAAAGCAAUAAAUCACUUCACAUCUUGUUUUCUUUCUCCUUAAAGGGGCAGUAUCACGUAUUUUGUAUCAAGUAACUAUGUUAUCUUCUGUUGUAAAAAUUCUACGUAUGUGAAGUAUGACGUAAAACAAAAAAAAAAAAAACUUUGUAAAUUUACGUCUUGAAAUUGGGCCUCUGUGUGUUUAAGAAACUCCUGAUCUUCCGUUCAGGAAGUCGUCACAGCAUGGCUCCUCCAUUAACCCUUUAACAUCGUUUUCACCAGCAUUUCACUGAAACUCUCAGCACAUGUUCUGUUCCACCAGGUGUUUGCUAAUUUCUGCUGGCUAGUCUGGAGGAGCUUAGUGGGAAAAAGAGGCAAUAUGCUUUUGGUCCUUUCAGGGGUUUUGCACAGCUGCAUGGUUACCAUGGAGAUUAGAGGAUUUCUCAAACAUCCUUGAAAGAAUCUGAUGAGGGAAUAAUAAAACAUGAAGUAAAGCACAAAACAUUGAUUUUUACAUGAUACUGCCCCUUUAAAAGUUCAACCAGAAUGUAAAUCACAAGUAGCUCGUCUGAAUUUUUUAGCAUCUUUGUGGUAAAAAUAAUUUAUUUUAAAUUGUACAAUUACACUCAGUGGCCACUUUGUUAGACACACCUCAUUAAUGCGAUUUGUAUCUAAUUUUAGAAAAGCAUUAAUUCUUCAUGGCUUAGAGAUUUGAUCUGUUUUAUCAGAACAGCAUCAUCGUAUUGCUGCUGAUCCACUUUUAUUCUAUUUAUUCCAAGUUCCUGGUGUACCUAAUAAAGUGGCCAGUGAGCGUAAAUCUUUGCUUGACUAAAAUAAUUUACAUUAAUUACAUUUUAGGCAACUUUGAUGCUAUGUCUCAUGGAGGGAGUUUGCGUAAGUUUGCUGUUUUUCUGACAAGUUCAAACAAGACAGUUUUUAUUUUGUGUUUCUGCUGAUUAAAGUUUAGAAUAACACAGAAAUUAGCAUUUUUUGUGUGUUAGAACAUGAAUAACAAAUGUUUCAUAAAUUAGUGAUGACUGCAGGAUUUGUGUUUUAAAGAUAUAUUUUGGGUGAUGUGAGUUUUAUGAUUAUUUUUGUCUUGAACAGUUGGAAUAAUCUAAAAAACACUUUCCUGCCGUUUUAAAAUCUGCUUUGGUCUUCGCGUCUUUAUUUCAUCUUACAUCCAAGAUCAUGCGAAUGGUCGACCUAUUGUUGUUUAUUUACUUAUUUAUUGUUUGCUUAGACCCUUCUUGUCCGUCAGCCUCCUGCUGUGAUUAACAAGCUGCUGUGGUUGAUCUGAUUGUUUGGUGAAGGAGUGAAACAGUUUUUCUACCACAAAAUUAAUGUUAAUAUUUAAAUAUUUAGUAUGAAGUCAAAUAUUUCUAUUAUUUCUAUAAGAAAACACUUUUUGAAACCAGAAAACUCUGGUUUUUUAUUUGGAGUGAGUCGAAAACCUCCUCUUAAAAACACUUUUGGACCUUAUUAUGAAGCAAGAUUAGCCACAACAGGACCUGUUACGCAAAAUUCACAUUUUUGUUCUUCCAUUUGGGACUUUAUUCCUUCUAAAAACAGCCAAAGCACUUAAAAAAAGACCCCGUCAGUUUUUGGCAAUAAGUUAAAGUUUUUUGGUAUCUGGAAAAUGAGGUGUUUCAAAAACCACACACCAGCAGGCGUUGCCUAACGGUGCGUUCACACCAAACGUGUUUUGAACACCAGGCGUGUCUGGUUUAAGUUCAAAGUAUGUGGAGGCGCGUCGAGGGCCCAUCGCGGCGCGAUUUGAACCGUCAAGAGCGUCCAACGUGUCCGACAAAUAGGCCAGCAACGGAAAACAAUGGCUAGAGCGAUUUUCACGUGUUUGAUGCAUCCGACUGUGAGCAAAAUGUCAGCCGUCUGUCUUCAACAUGUAAACACAUCAAAGUUGAAGCGUUGGACGCGUCAAGUUUGACGUCCGAAAUACAUUUGGUGUGAACGCACCAUGACACCCAGCAACUCCAGUAAAACAGUUUGUUGCCAAGCAACUUCAGUAAAACAGUUCGUUGCCAAGCAACUCCAGUAAAACAGUUUGUUGCCAAGCAACUUCAGUAAAACAGUUCGUUGCCAAGCAACUUCAGCGAACAACCAAAUGCCUGCAGCUCCGCAGUUCAUUAUUAUAUUUUAAUACAUCAGUAAUAAUACUUUAGGUGUAGCACUCAUAAAGCAAAUAUUACAAAAUAUAUAAACAAAAAUAAUUAAAACAAAAUGACAAGAAAUUAAAAAUGUAUACCAAAGCAAUUAAAAUGUGAGACAAAAAUUUUAAUUAAAGAGAUUAAAAAAUUAAAGGUAAUAUUAUUAAAGUAAACUUUAACUAAUGAUUUAAAAGUAGAAAAUGAACCAUGAUGUAAUUUUUAGGAGAAAUCUUUCCACAAAGUAGCAGACCUGACCAUAAAUUAACAUUAAACUGGAUAAAAACUGUUGAAAAGUUUCUCCACGGUGCCAAAUAUUUUACAGUUAAAAUGGUUUAUCUGAAAAUGAAUGCAUUUUUUGGAGUGAGAUUUGUCGUGACCUUUGGAGCUCACAGCAGAUCAGAAAACUACUUUUAAGAAGCUUUAUUGUUCUCAGAUGGCAGGGUUACAGAUUUCAUGCUUAGUGGAACAACUCUGACUGUGUUCAGAGUAAUUUCACCAGAACUGCAGUUAUUAAGAUGAGAGCUUUACCCCGCAACGAAACAAAGAUGUUAUUGAGCAGAAGUGAUUUCACGGCCUGUUAAUUACUUUUGCAAUAACUGUUUUGUUAUAAAGAAGCAGCAUGAACGUUGAAAUGUUUACAGCUGUCAACAUGAAAUAUGACACACACGUCCACAUCUCCUCAGUUUUCUCUUUAGAAAUGUGUGAUCCAAAUAAUACAUAAACAACAGGUUUUUAUCUUUUGAUUUUGGCUUAUUUCACUUAGUUUUGGAGGAAUUGAUGUCGACACCAGGAGGAUGUUGAUGAACUCACAUUGUAAGAUUCACGUUUUUUAAUGUCUGUGUUUCAGGGGGCGAAUCUGUCUUCAUUCCUCGCUCUCAGUCUGACAGAGCCACCAUGUUUGACUUCAGCGAGAGCUUCAACACCUACUUUUUUAAUAAAGGCAUGGUUCCUCUGGGAAGCUUUUGUUCUGAAGAUGACGAUCUGGAUGAAAGUUAUGUUCCCAUGAGCGCCUCCACCAAUGAGCCACCGGUUGCAGCGAGGGCUAAUCCAGGGGGUCCAUCAGACUUUACUGCUGAGCUCCAAGACGGCAACUACGUCCCAUCCUCCCUACCUGCUUAUCCCACUGCUGCUACAGGUGACCUGGCCUUGCUGGGAGGCAGGUGCCUCCAGCCCCAUGGGUUUCGUAAUUCCACAAUGACUCCAGUCAUUCCUCCACCCCGGAAUACAAUGCACAACACCAGCGUAGGUGAAGCUGAAGUCGUUCCUCCUCCAAUCCUCCGCAACCUGAAACCUCAGCGGAAAGGAGUUUGUGGCAGUCAGGCUGUGGGGAAGAACAGCAGCCAGAUUCCUGCAGAGGCCACACAUAAAACAAAAGUAAAACCAGCUCCUCUGGAAAUAACUCCGGUGUCGCAGGACUGGCAGGAAGUCCCGCCUCCUGUUCGCUCACCUGUCACUCGCACCUUCACUCGAGGUCCGUCCAUUCGUGGGUCAUUCACAGCGAGCUCGGUCCAAAGCUCAUCCCCAUCCUCUGAUUCUGAUGACCCCGACGACAGCUACGUAACCAUGGUGACCUCCAGCCUCAGUCGAAGUGCUGGGGAGCAGUCGCUGAGGAUGAUGCUGCACCGCGGCUCUGAGGGUGGAGUCAGCAGCCCAUUGGUACAACGAGCUGAGAAACAGGUGGAGUAUCUGGACCUGGACCUCCACACAGGACGAUCGACACCAACAAGACAGAAACGCUCCACAGCAGAAGGUGGGCCCAGCAGCAGUGAUCACGCUGCAGCGGGUGAUGAACGAGCGCGCGGCGACCGCAGGCGGGUGGACUACGUGGUGGUGGAUCCCAAACGGACCAAAGCCCUGAAGAACACCCGGGAAGCGUGGCAUGAUGGGAGGAUGUCCACAGAAAAAGAGAAAAGCUAGACAUGCUGGGGCAAAAGAACUCCCAGAGGAAUUCCUGCUGUUUGGAUUAACGUCCUCACCGUCAGACAAACGGACACCAAUGUUUGUUUAAAGCAAUAAAUCACUUCACAUCUUGUUUUCUUUCUCCUUAAAGGGGCAGUAUCACGUAUUUUGUAUCAAGUAUCUAUGUUAUCUUCUGUUGUAAAAAUUCUACGUAUGUGAAGUAUGACGUAAAACAAAAAAAAAAAAAACUUUGUAAAUUUACGUCUUGAAAUUGGGCCUCUGUGUGUUUAAGAAACUCCUGAUCUUCCGUUCAGGAAGUCGUCACAGCAUGGCUCCUCCAUUAACCCUUUAACAUCGUUUUCACCAGCAUUUCACUGAAACUCUCAGCACAGGUUCUGUUCCACCAGGUGUUUGCUAAUUUCUGCUGGCUAGUCUGGAGGAGCUUAGUGGGAAAAAGAGGCAAUAUGCUUUUGGUCCUUUCAGGGGUUUUGCACAGCUGCAUGGUUACCAUGGAGAUUAGAGGAUUUCUCAAACAUCCUUGAAAGAAUCUGAUGACGGAAUAAUAAAACAUGAAGUAAAGCACAAAACAUUGAUUUUUACAUGAUACUGCCCCUUUAAAAGUUCAACCAGAAUGUAAAUCACAAGUAGCUCGUCUGAAUUUUUUAGCAUCUUUGUGGUAAAAAUAAUUUAUUUUAAAUUGUACAAUUACACUCAGUGGCCACUUUGUUAGACACACUUCAGUAACGCAAUUUGUAUCUAAUUUUAGAAAAGCAUUAAUUCUUCAUGGCUUAGAGAUUUGAUCUGUUUUAUCAGAACAGCAUCAUCGUAUUGCUGCUGAUCCACUUUUAUUCUAUUUAUUCCAAGUUCCUGGUGUACCUAAUAAAGUGGCCAGUGAGCGUAAAUCUUUGCUUGACUAAAAUAAUUUACAUUAAUUACAUUUUAGGCAACUUUGAUGCUAUGUCUCAUGGAGGAGUUUUAAGUUUGCUGUUUUUCUGACAAGUUCAAACAAGACAGUUUUUAUUUUGUGUUUCUGCUGAUUAAAGUUUAGAAUAACACAGAAAUGAGCAUUUUUUGUGUGUUAGAACAUGAAUAACAAAUGUUUCAUAAAUUAGUGAUGACUGCAGGAUUUGUGUUUUAAAGAUAUAUUUUGGGUGAUGUGAGUUUUAUGAUUAUUUUUGUCUUGAACAGUUGGAAUAAUCUAAAAAACACUUUCCUGCCGUUUUAAAAUCUGC